UGGGCGGGGACGCGCGGGCCCCACCCCGUCCCCGCGGGUCCGCUCUGCUUGUGACCGGGACCGGCAGCGGCGGUCCCGCGGUUCACCUAAUGUUUCGCCGGAAAGUGAAACCAGCGCGGGCUGCAGCCUCCGAGCGUGCGUUCGCGGCGGCCAGCGGGGCGCGUGGUCAGCCGGAGACCUGAGCGCCCGCCCGGGGCCGAGCCGGCAGGGCGAGGCCGGGGGCGUCCGGGGGAAGGGUCGGGGAGGGCCCUUGGGGGGCGGGGGCGGACCAGGAGCGGAGCCAGGGGCCAUGGCAGCGCCCGCGGACCCAAGGCGGCUGUGCCGGCUGGUGCAGGAAGGCCGGCUGUGUGCCCUGCGGGAGGAGCUGCGGGCUGCGGGGCGCGCCGGCUGCGCGGGGCCGGCCAGGGACACCCUUCUGCAUUGCGCCGCGCGCCACGGCCGCCGGGAAAUCCUGGCCUAUCUGGUCGAGGCCUGGGACCUGGACAUCGAGGCUGCCAAUCGAGACUACAAGCGGCCUCUGCACGAGGCUGCCUCCAUGGGCCACCGGGACUGCGUGCGGUAUCUGCUGGGCCGAGGGGCCGCGGUCGACUGCCUGAAGAAGGCCGACUGGACUCCUCUGAUGAUGGCUUGCACAAGGAGGAAUCUUGAGGUGGUCCAGGACCUCGUGGAGCAUGGCGCCAAUCCACUGCUGAAGAACAAAGAUGGCUGGAACAGUUUCCACAUUGCCAGCCGAGAAGGCAACCCUCUGAUCCUUCAGUACCUGCUCGCUGUUUGCCCAGCUGCCUGGAAGACAGAGAGCAAGAUUGGGAGAACCCCGCUGCACACUGCAGCAAUGCAUGGCUGUUCAGAGGCAGUAGAGGUGCUUCUUCAGAGGUGCCAGUAUGAACCGGACUGCAGAGACAAGUGUGGCCUCACACCCUUCAUGGACGCCAUCCAGUGUGGACACAUCGACGUAGCCAGGCUGCUCCUCGAAAAACACAAGGCUUGUGUUUCUGCUGAGGACUCCCUGGGGGCCCAGGCCAUCCACCGGGCAGCAGUCACUGGGCAGAAUGAGGCCGUCCAAUUCUUGGUCUCUGAGCUUGGCAUCAACGUAGAUGUGAGAGCAGCCUCCACCCACCUCACAGCACUUCACUACGCAGCUAAGGAAGGACACGUAAGCACAAUCCAGACACUCUUGUCCUUGGGUGCCGACAUCAACGCCAAGGACGAAAGAAAUCGAUCAGCUGCAGUUAACCGUUUCCUGUUGCUCCAGAGAUGUCUUCGUGUCCCUGCCUUUGGGUCUGAGGAUGGCCUGUUACGUGCAUCCCUACUUGCAGGUGGGACAGAAAGACCGGUCUGGGGCCGCCCUUCUCCCCUCAACACACACGUGAAGCAGCUUUUUCUUUGCAGUGACUGCACACAGUGUCUUCUGGAAAUUUCUCUUGACUUGUCGUGUGGGUUCCUCCUGUUCAUCCUGGCCCCUGAGCACCACCCCCCAGAGAAGCCGUGCAGGACCCCAGCCUCAGAGCAGCCCUUCUGCAGCACUUUGUCCCAUCCCUUCACGCAGCUGUUCAUAACUGCCCGGAUAAUGCGGUGCUUUCCUACGAAACGAAAACCCACGGGAUCAGCAUCCACAUCUGCUUUGCGGUUGGCAUAGUGUGGAAUGAAUGAAUUCCACAGUGAGGAGCUGUGGGAAAAGGACCAGCGUCUGCCCUCACGAGUCUGAUGUCUGAGAGAGGAGCAAGGCUUGUUCUGUGACUAUGUGACAGGCACAGUGUGCUGGGGGCCAGGAGAGGAGACAGCUUCACAGAAGACGUGUUAUCUGGGCUGGGCCUCGAAGGAUGGAAAGAAUUUUGAUUCGUGGGCUUUCUGAGCGGAGUCCACAACAACGAUAUGAUAUCGUGAGCUUGGGGCUGCCAGAGAAGAUGCAGUUACAUCUGAAUUUCAGGUAAACCACGGGUACUGUGUAGUAUAAAUAUGGCCCAGAUAUUUCGCAGGAUAUAAUUACACUAACAAAGUAUUCGCGGUUUAUCUGAAAUUCAGGUUUAAGGGGGUGUCCCGGGUUUUCACUUGCCAGGUCUGGUGACCCUAAGUGAGACUCCAGUUCACGGAGCAUCCUUGCCUCUGCUGGGCAGUUUCUGCUGAACAGUGGCCCCUUUGUUUCCCGUCUCACAAACAAGGGACAGAGACAGCGUGAAAAGUCAUGUGACUCCUCUGUGGGUAUCUCAGCCCCUCGAGAUGCCAUGUUCAGGUGCCCCCGAGCUCACCCAUGCCGAGUCAGAGCAGGUGUGUAGGAUGAACGCCAGGAACCAGGCUUGGGUGGCAGAGGACUCUCCCUGCCUUUCACUGUCUGGGAGACUGCACCAAGUGACUCAAGGUUCUCAUCUGCACAAAGGCCACAACACCCACCCGGCAAAAUCUCCAGAGUACAACGCCUGGCACAUUGAAGGGGCUGAGCGAAGAGUUGGCACCGUGGCAUUGUUAUUUUGUUUGUAACCUGUCUUUAAAAGCAUCUCCGUGGCUUACUGUGUGGUGUCAGUUUCCCCGAUAGCAACAGGGAACAGUAUUGUCAAAAUGUUUCAGAUCUUAGAGUUUUAAGUCUAAGAACCCAUCCAGGGACUUCCCUGGCAGUCCAGUGGUUAAGACUUCGCCUUCCAGUGCAGGGGGUGUGGGUUUGAUCCCUGGUCGGGGAGCUAAGAUCCCACAUGCCUUGCAGCCAAAAAACCGAAACAUAAAAAAAACAGGAGCAAUAUUGUAACAAAUUCAAUAAAGACAUUAAAAACGGUCCACAUCAAAAAAAAAA